AUGCCCAUUCGACAGAGACUGAUAUCGCUGAUAGUCCGUGCUCGACUCUGGCUGGGCAAAAAGCGCUUUGGCUUCCUCGGGCCGACCGUAAUCAGAGUGAGCAAGAACCGAAUUAUCAAAGGCCCAUGUGAAGUGGGAGAGCUUGAAGGCCUAGAAUACGUUGCGCAACACACCUCAAUCCCCGUGCCAAGGUCUACCAAACCUAUCGAAUUGAUGAAAAAUUAUACAUGGAGAUGGAAUAUGUCCACGGUGACACUCUUCAAGCGCUACAUCGGGCAACUUCGAGGGCUUGAACCGCCUCAAAACGGCAUAGUUGCCUCGCCAAAACUCGGACAAUGCUUCGACGUCCGUCUGGGGUACCGGCCCUUUAGCCCCUUUAGUAGCACUGAAGAAUUUCAUUCGUUUCUGCAAGGUAAUAUUCCGCUAGAGACUUGCUCGGAAGUCUUUGGUGAAGCUGUUACGCGCUGUCAUAGCCGCCAAUAUCGCACCUGUUUUUCCCACGCCGACGUUUGCCCACGCAACCUCAUCGUGCACAACCGCAAGCUUGUUGUCGUCAUUGACUGGCAAUUUGCCGGAUGGUAUCCAGAAUAUCAGGAAUAUACAAAGGCGCAUUAUACAUAUGUCAACGCCGACUGGUGGGCUAGGUUUGAGCAAGCUGUUACUCGAUAUGACGACGAACUGGCUGCAGAACGUGCUCUAUGGCGACAAUUAGAAGAGCCUGGAAUGUCCUGGAAUGUUGUACAACUAGGGCCUACUUGA